CCUGGUCUGCUAUUGUGCUUUCACGAUUGUGUGGUGAAGGUUCUGGUAUGGUUUUUUCCUUCUCUGGAGGUGUCUGAUUUUCUAGUUUCUGGUUAGCAAUUCUGUCUUCUUGUUUUCUAUGGAGCUACAACUGUCUCUGUUUUAGACAGAUUGUUGUAUGAGCCUUCCUGUUUGUUAGCUGGGGAGUAUUUUUCAGUACUGGUAGUGGAGAUUAUUGUGCUGUGUUCACGGGUUUGCUUGUUUCUGUGUGAAUUAUGGCCGAGUCUAGUGAAAAGAAGGUUGUUACAGAAAUCAUCCUAACUUCGUAUCGAAUAACAAAUAGAAAAUUAAAUGGCACAAACUAUGGUCACUGGAAACGAGUCAUUAGGAGAUAUCUCUCGGGUUUUGAUAUGGAGAAACAUUUGACUGAGGAUGCACCAACUGAGCAGAAGGCCAAGGCACAGUAGUAGAAGGAAGAUGAUAAACUUUUCACUUUAAUUCAGAAUACCAUGGAAAAUUCUGUAGAUGAUAUGAUUGGGCAUUGUGAUAGUGUCAAGGGGAUGUGGCAAUAUUUAGAAUUGUUGUAUUCUAGUAAGCAAAAUCUAUUUCAUGUUCAUGAACUCCUAUCUGGGGUAUAUCGUGCAGACCAGAAGGGACGACCUUUAAUUGAAUAUUACAGACUUCAAAACAUAAUUUGAAGAGAUGAGGACUCUAUACCCUAUUACGGCUGAUGUGAAGAAAAUGCAGGCACAACAGGAAGAGGUAGUUGUUCAGUGCUUUCUAGCUGGGUUAGAGUCACAGUAUGAGAUUGCUCGUACUCAAUUACUUACUGAUUCAGAGCUACCUUCCCUAGCUGAAGCAUUCUCUCGAUUGCGCAAAGUUUGUAAGGAUUCGGAUAAAGAUACCUCUGGAGUAUCUACUGUUUCUGGUGGUACCUCGGCUCUAUUGGGAUGGACACCACCAAUUGGUGGUAAUAGGGGUGGUCGUAGUGGUGGUCGAGGAGUUCGUGGUGGUGGUCAUGAUAAUGGAGGACGUGGAGGUCCAAGGAUAUGUUAUCAUUGUGGAGAGCAGGGUCAUUUGAAAAAUAAUCGUUGGAAAUUGAAUGGUAAACCAUCUGCCUCACCGCGGUUUGCCAAUGCUGCCACUCAGGAGGGUCUUUUGCCUACUCCUACCGGAACUGUAUCUCCUUCUCUAGUAUCUAAACCUGAUGGCCACAUUCUGAUUUCAGCUGAUGAAUAUGCUCAGUUUACUCAAUUUCAAGCUACCCCGUCUGCUGCCACUCUUGUUCAGUCAGGUAAUCCAACUGCAUGUCUUCCUUCGUCCUUCGGUGAUUGGGUCAUCGACUCCGGAGCCACCAAUCACAUGACUAGCAAUACAGGAUCUGGUGACGAAGAAGGUUAUUGGUAGAGGUCGCUUGUCCAAUUGUCUGUACGUUCUUGCAGCUGAGUCUUCACCGGUGCCACGGCCAGUUGCUUCUACUAGUGCUAACUCAUUUUAUCAGUUGCAUUGUCGGUUUGGUCAUCCUUCAUUAAAUGUUUUAAAGCGUCUUUGUCCGUCCUUAGGUUUAGCGUCUCAGUUAGAGUGUGAGGCAUGUCAAUUUGCCAAACACCAUCGAGUGUCUUACCUUCCUCGAGUUCAUAAACGGGUUGCGUCCCCCUUUGAGUUGAUUCAUUCAGAUAUUUGGGGUCCUUGUCCUAUUGUGUCUCAGUCUGGAUUUCGUUAUUUUGUUACCUUUGUUGAUGAUUUUA